CUAGAACACAUUCAGAAACACACAUGGUAUAUAGGGGGCAAGAACGAGCCGGAGCCCGAGCAGCCCAUCCCCCGCAAGGUGCAGAUCCGCUCCCUGCCCAGCCUGGAGGACAUUGACCCCGACGUGCUGGACAGCAUGCACUCACUUGGCUGCUUCCGGGACCGCAACAAGCUGCUACAGGACCUGCUGUCCGAGGAGGAGAACCAGGAGAAGAUGAUCUACUUCCUCCUCCUGGACCGGAAGGAGAGGUACCCCAGCCACGAGGACGAGGACCUGCCCCCCAGGAAUGAAAUCGACCCUCCCCGGAAGCGCGUGGACUCCCCAAUGCUGAACCGGCACGGCAAGCGGCGGCCGGAGCGCAAAUCCAUGGAGGUGCUCAGCGGGACGGACGGCGGCUCCCCCGUGCCCGCGCGGCGAGCCAUCGAGAUGGCCCAGCACGGCCAGAGUAAGGCAGUGUUCAGUAAGAGCCUGGAUAUCGCUGAGGCCCAUCCCCAGUUCAGCAAAGAAGACAGGUCCCGGUCCAUCAGCGGUGCCUCCUCGGGCCUCUCCACGAGCCCCCUCAGCAGCCCCCGGGUCACCCCUCACCCCUCACCGCGGGGCAGUCCCCUCCCCACCCCCAAGGGCACGCCCGUGCACACGCCAAAGGAGAGCCCGGCCGGCACGCCCAACCCCACGCCGCCGUCCAGCCCCAGCGUCGGCGGCGUGCCCUGGAGGACGCGGCUCAACUCCAUCAAGAACAGCUUCCUGGGCUCACCCCGCUUCCACCGCCGGAAACUACAAGUUCCAACGCCAGAGGAGAUGUCCAACCUGACCCCGGAGUCGUCCCCAGAGCUGGCCAAGAAGUCGUGGUUCGGGAACUUCAUCAGCCUGGAGAAGGAGGAGCAGAUCUUUGUGGUGAUAAAGGACAAGCCGCUGAGCUCCAUCAAGGCCGAUGUGGUGCACGCCUUCCUGUCGAUCCCCAGCCUGGGCCACAGCGUCAUCUCCCAGACAAGCUUCCGGGCUGAGUACAAGGCGACCGGAGGCCCGGCCGUGUUCCAGAAGCCGGUCAAGUUCCAGGUGGACAUCACCUACACGGAGGGCAGCGAGGCCCACAAAGAAAACGGCAUCUACUCCGUGACCUUCACGCUGCUCUCUGGCCCAAGCCGCCGCUUCAAGAGGGUGGUGGAGACCAUCCAGGCCCAGCUGCUGAGCGCCCACGAGCAGCCGUGCGCCCCGCACCUGCCAGACACCACUAACUGUAUGGAAAUGGUGACGGGGCGGCUUUCCAAAUGUGGCAGCCCAUUGAGUAACUUCUUUGACGUAAUUAAACAACUUUUUUCAGACGAGAAGAACGGGCAGGCGGCCCAGGCCCCCAGCACGCCCGGCACGCGGAGUGCCCACGGCCCCCUCGGCGACUCCGCGGCCGCUGGCCCCGGAGGGGACGCCAAGCGCCCGCCGGGCAAGGACGCGGCCAGGACGGGGCCGCCCGCCGCCCGCCACCCGCCGUAGACACCAGCCCCUCCCCAGCCCAGCACUGACCGCGUGGACCCGGCCGCCUGCCCGCCCAGACCGCGGCCCCGGAGCCUGGGAGGAAGGAGCGGGCACUGGCUCACGCUCACUCCUUCCUCUCGCGCUGUGUCUGUCUCUGCCUGUCUCUGACGGCGUCGCUUGUUUCCGCUCUGAUACCAGGAAUUAUCCCGAAAAGUUAACGUGCCGCCUGCGCGAGGCCACGACCCACGGCAGCUGCUGCGGACCCGCCCUCCCUCCCGCUGCCGCCGCGCCGCGCCACCGGCUGGCCGGGCCCCGAGGACGCCCGCCGGCUCCAGACCCCUUGGAGGCAACAGCCCGUCCCGCCGCCUUCCGGGGCGGGGGCCCUGUGCGCCGUGUCCCCACGCGGCGGGAGGCCCGGCGCCGGCCCCACCGCCUCACCGGCUGCUCCGUCGCCUCGCCCGGCCGCAGGGCACGCGUGCCGCCCACCCGAGCUGGAAAGAGACACGCUGGGGGCCGCCAGGCUGUGAGGCCGGGCUGAGAUCAGUAUUAUUUAUUUGCUGUUUUAAUUUAUUGAGUUCCUUUACUUCUCUGUUCAGGGAAGGGGCGGCAGCAGGUGCCCGCCUGCCGUCUGUCUGUCUGUGUGUCCCGGGCAGGGUGGGGCCGGAGCCAAGGUGCCCCCCCAGGACAGAGCCGCCGGGGGGGCAGCGGGGGCGAGCUACUGUACACUUUAAAAGAAUUCCUGCAAGAUAUUUUUAUAAACUUUUUUUUUCUCGGUUGUUUUUGGAGAGGGGUGUGGGGGUGGGGCGCCGGGCAGGGUCCGUGCCCUGGCGGUUUCUAUGAUACACACAGAUCUAUAUUUACACAGGGACGCACGCGCCCCGGCCUCUGCCCUGCGCGGUGCAGAGCAGCCCCGCGCGAGCUGCGGCCGGGGCGCCUCUUGGUUUGGACUCCAAGAGCGAGGGGGUGCGCAAGGCCCCGAGCCGGCACCCACAGGGAGGCAGGGGCACUGGGGCGUUUUUUUCUUUUUCUUUUUUUUUUUUUUUUUACUAAAAUGACAAAAGGUUUAAAAAAAAAAACAACCCAUACAGACAACGAGGACCGAGAGAGCAGCGGCAGGCGUCCCCCGGCCACAGUGGGGCCCAGGGGCGCGGCCCACUCCGCCACCGCCACCGCCACCGCCACCGCAGGCCCGGCCGCCUCCUUGCUUCGCGCCCAUCUACAGCUUCUGUUCUUCCCGUCCUCGCGCCGGGGCGGCGGGGGUGUGCAUGCCUCUGCUGUGACCGCCCCCCUCGGUCACAUCCAUCCGACCUCCAGCACAGGCGGGAUUUCUAGAACCAACCAAACACCUGUACAGCAAGAGCCACGCGGUGCAGGCGGGCAGGGCCCCUCCUCGGAGGCAGACGCCACAGCAAUACCUCCCGCACGCCUUCCUCUUUUGUACCUCGGCCAUCAGGACGUGGACGCGCCCCAUCCAGUGUACCCCCGUCAGACAACUGUGAGCGACUUCAGUUCAGAACAAUAAAUCCCUUCCGUCACA